AUGCCCGAAGAAAAGAAGCCAGAAGCUUGCUCUUCCUGCAACGGCACCGGCCAGCGCACAUGUUCUCGUUGCGGCGGCACUGGCUCCGACGCCUUUGUCGAGUCCGUCAUCUGCAUUCACUGCGAUGCGAGCGGACGAGUAGAGUGCGCAGCCUGUGGCGGCAAAGGUGAAAGGGAGAAAUUAUAG